AUGGUUGAGCGUGGUAGCCAGUGGACUGACUUCUUAUUGGCUAACAGAACCGGUAUCAUACACCCUCAUAUUUCCAUUUAUCAAAUGUUAGUAGAAAUGAAUAUUUCCGAUGACCCUAAACAAGUUGGAUAUUACGCUGGUUUCAUUGAGACCAUCUUUUGGGGCCGUCUAUCUGACCACGUGGGCAGGAAACCAAUCAUGUUGACAGGGCUUUUCGCAAUGGCGAUCAGCACAAUCUUGUUUGGCUUUCAGAAGAAUUAUCUGGGAUUGAUCAUAUGUCGCUUCAUUGCUGGAAUGAUGAAUGGUGCGUGGAUUCCUGGUGGAUUCUUAUACUGUGACCUUUUUUCAACUCGCUUAUUCACUCUCGGUGAUAGGAAAUAUUGGUGUUCUACAGACGAAUCACGCGAGGCAACUGGAUCAAUCAUUGGACCUCUUAUCGGUGGUUUUCUAGCUUUCCCGGCCCAAAAUUUUCCAUCAACAUUUGGCCAUUGGAAGUUUUUCAACGAUUACCCUUAUUUCUUGCCAUGCUUUGUUGGUGGAAUGUUGAACUUUUUUGCGAUUCUUCUCGGGAUAUUUGUUUUAGAAGAAACAUUAGCUUCCAAACGGAAGAAAAAAUCGGCGAUGAGAACAACAAUAGGAACAGAGGAUUAUGACUCAUUGUCGUCAUCAUCUGAUCAAGACUCUCAAUCCGACGUCUUCGUACCCCCUAGCAUAGGGUCGGUAUGCACAGCCCCAAUCCUGAUCCUCCUCUUAACAUUCACUCUGACACAUUUACAAAAUGUGGCAUGGACAGCUGUGAUUCCAUUGUAUGCAUUCACAGAAACUGAAUUCAAAUUGAUCUUACUAGACAUGAAAGAUGGUGGGUUAGGGAUGUCAUUGAAGCAAAUUGGUUUCAUCCUGAGUGUGAAUGGCGUCGCGCUGGUCUUGGUUCAGCUAUUCCUGUUCCCACCACUUCAAAGAAGAUAUGGAGCAGUGAAGAUCUUCAAGCGGUCAAUCCCGACAUUUACGAUUACUUUUAUGUGUCUUCCCCUUGUGACUCAUUUAGUCCAACUGAUACAAACACUACCACUCACGAUCAAAUAUCUAGUCAAAGACAAUACACCGUCUAUGUCAAUUGGAUAUAUGACCUUCAUUAUGAUUUUGAGAAGUCCAGGCGUCAUGUGUUAUCCAUGCUUGAUGAUGCUCACCAAAGUAUUCUCGCCCAGUCCUGCCUCAUUGGGCACGUUGAAUGGAAUGAUGCAGACCUGUAGAUCUUUUGCUCAAGCAAUUGGACCAAUAUUAGGAUCAUCACUAUUUGCUCUUAGCGUCUCUGAACGAAUACUUGGUGGUCACCUGGUUUGGGUUGUUUUAGCGUUAGUCGCAAUUUUUGCUGAAUUAUGCUCGCGUCGAAUUCCAAGUGAGAUAAAAAUCCGAAAGAUAAACGUGCAAGCUGAAGCUGAGCAUGAAAGUGAAAUCUGA